AUGACGAUGAUGAUCAAAUAUAAAUAUAAAUUAUUAUUAAAUAUAUUGAUCAAUAUUUUAAUUUACUCUUCUACUUUUAUUACAAUUGUACAAUCACAAGUAACUAGUACUUCACAAUGGACAAGUGGUAACAAUCACGUCUAUCAAUACUUUUCAACAACUAGACCUUAUUCCAGUGCAAUCAAUGUUUGUACAGUACUAAGAUAUAAUGGUCUUCCAGGAUAUUUAGCAACAAUAACAACAAAAGAAGAAGAAGAUUUUAUAUUAGAUUCAUUACAAUUGAGAAAUGUAUCAAUCUAUAUAAGUUCAGAGAAAACAUCUGCUGAUGGUAAUUGGAAGUUUGCAACUGGUGCUGAAAAGGGUGCAUUGAUAUACUCUGGCAAUUAUGACAAAUGUGGUUAUUAUUGCAACUUGCCCGACAACUUUAAAGCGGGUCUAAACGAUCCACAAGCCCUCUUUCUCUAUUAUGACGGUAUAGAACAAAAGUGGAGAACAGGUACCAUCAGUCAAGAGUAUACCUUUGUUUGCGAGUUUGGUGGAUCUUCUGAUGUCGUCGUACAUGCCAUGCCUGCUAUUGGAGGAAGAGCAACUCUUUUAAAUUAUAAUACUGCUAGUCAGUUUAUACUAGAAGAUACUAUAGUCUCACUAGAACAAAUAGAUACAAAAACUUGGCAACCAUUAAAAGAUCGAUCAAUUAAAUAUUGUACAGACGUUAGAAAUGAUGGUGGUGCGUCUGGAUACAGUUGUUUGAUGCCAAGUGGUACUGGUAAAUAUAGAUUAAAUGUUACUGAUGGUAUUUCCACCACUAGUUCAUUCUAUCAAUAUUGGAACCCUACUGUAUUGGUCAGUAGACCACCUGUCACCUUUACACAAGGUUCUGUAAUCACCAUUUCUGGAACAGACUUUGGAUUCAAUGCAUCAGACAUUCAAGUUUGGUUGGGUCCCUCCGGUCAACAAUCUCAAUGUACUUCGAUUGCAUUUAUCAAUAAUAAUGCAAUCAAUUGUACCAUUCAACAACCUAUUCAACAAUCAUUUUUACCAAUCAAUCUAACCAUUAAUACUAUUGAAAUUAUUUCUUUUAGAUCUUCAGUUUAUUAUAAUAAUAAUAAUUAUAGUUAUUCAUGUUUUGAUGUUGGUAGUUUAUUUGGAGAUCAAGGAACCAUUGGAAAUGGUAAAAUAUUAGAAGGAAUGGUAUCUACAAUGGGAGUUGUAAAGGAUCAAGGACAAGCUGAUUUUUUAAAGUCUGUUUGUUAUGGAAACCUUCAACCCUAUUUAAAUGUUUUGUAUAAUUCACAAACAAACAUUGUCUAUGCAUUUGGUCCAAAGGCGGGACAAUCAACACAACUUUACAAGAGUAACACCAUUCCUACGAGUAUCCCAUCGACCAAUCGUAUAUACUAUAGUAUUAGAAAUCAAGUGGUUGAUUAUGAACCACCAACAUCUCCUCGUCCCAUUUUAAUAGAGAGUUGGUGGGAUGACACUAAACCACAAGUCAGUGGUAAUUAUAAUUUCCAGGGUCUAUCAACCUUGCAAAAUAUUACCAUCGCCGUUAAAAACCCAGGUAUCGUCACGAGUAAUGUAUCAUUGGUUUUUAAUGGUCAAUCUUUUAGAGCCUAUUAUAUCGAUUAUUUUACUCAAUUGGCUUAUUUUACAUUGGAUUAUAUUGGAGGUGUUUAUAAUGCCAAGAUCCAAAUCGAUUCAAAGCCAACCACCGAUGCAUCGACCAUUUCCAUUAAUUUUUCUCCACCACAACUCGUUCACAUUACCUCGCCCACCACCACUGGAGAUGGAUUCACCAUCUAUGGUAAGAAUUUUGGUUCAUUCCUCAACCAAAUCACCUACACCAUUGAUAAUACGCUGUCUUGUACACAACCACAAUUCAUUCAAGCACAUCAAUCAAUCGUUUGUAAAGCACCAGCCGGUUACGGUAGUCAGUUGCAUUCACUGCGUUUGGUGACUGGUGGAAAACCUUCACAAUGGUUACCAUUUACCUAUCAAAUACCAACCAUCUCGUCCAUCUCUAGUUUGGGUGUUAGUGGAGGUAACUUUACGAUUAGUGGAACCAACUUUUUCAAUGAUCCAUCCAUUGUCAAUGUUAUGGUUGGUCCAUACCCAUGUACAAAUAUUACAUUUAUCACUGAUCACACUCAAUUGGUAUGUCUUUUGGCUCCUGGUUUUGGUACACACAAGGUUAUAGUUAGUAUUGGUGACCAAACCAAUGACACUCCUACAUGGUUUACAUUUAUAAAACCAAUUGUAUCGAGUGCAACAUCACUCAAAUUUAGACAACCUGGUUAUGUAACAGUUAGAGGUGAUAAUUUUGAAGAUGCCAAUAUACAAGUAUUUUUUGGUGGAUUGAAUGGAUUCUUUCCAAGCGUCAAUGCAUCAUUUAUCGACAAGAAUACAAUCAUUGCUUAUUACAAUUCAGAUGUAUUGCCAGGUAUUAGAUCAUCCCUAUUUGUCAAUGUUUCAAUCAAUCAGGCUGUUGGUGGUGCAGAAGUCUAUCUUUACGAAUACUCUAGAGAUUGUCCAAAUGGAUGCAGUGAACAAGGUAUCUGUGUCGAUGCUCAUUGUAUAUGUAACCCAGGUUAUAUUUUGGGUGAUUGUUCCCAACUUGGAAAUGCAUCUCAAGAAACAACAACUUUUGAAACUGGUCAACCCUCCAACAUUCUAUUUGACAUGUCCUAUAAUGAACCAACUGUCACUUUUCUUUCAUCCAUUUGGCGUAUUCAAGAAUUUGAUCCAAUCACAAAUAAUACUCUAAAUAAUUAUACAUUAUCAAAUAAUAGACAAGAUUGGAUAAAACUAAAUAAUAUUAAUAAUAAUAAUAAUAAUAAUUCAUCAGAAACUUGGUCAACUAUAAUAUUUCCAUUAACCAAUACAUCAGUUGUAAUUGAUUUAAUAUUUAACGGUGAUGAUAUAGGUGAUAGUCAAUAUUUCUAUGGAGAAGAAUUUGAAAUAUUAAAUAGAUCGGUUAGUUAUUUGGUAACAGUAAACAAUUGGAAAUUUGAAUCACCAAACAAUCUUUUGGAAAUUAUAUUUGCAACGGUUACGAAUCUAGAGACUGAAACAGAUUGUGAUUCAACUCAACCAACUGUAAUGGAAUCAAACUUUAAUGAAUACCAAAUCAAGACUAGACAUUCUGCACUACAUUGUGUAUUUACAAAUAGACUAGUCAAUGAAAAGCGUGUGCAAUAUACUCAAACAUUGGAUCCAACCAUCCAACGUCCUUCUCUAUUGGAACAAGCCAAAGAAUCGUACGAAAUAGAUCAGUCGACUCAAAUCAUCUAUUUAUACUCUGUCCUAUUACCAUCAUUUGAUUCAUUCACCAUUGUUGAAAAUCAAUAUCAAGCCUCUGCCAUCAUCGAUCAAGAUAGUGUUGAAUGUCCCAAAUCGAAAAAGUGGGUCAUCCCAGUCGCCGUGGUUUGUUCCAUCGUUGGUGCUGCUCUCAUUGGUAUUGCCAUUUGGUUAACCAUUCGUAAAUUAAAACAAAUGGAAGCUGAAAAGAAAGAAGGUAUUAGAUUAGCUAAUCUUUAUCGUUAA